AUGCCCUCCACAAAGAAAACGGUCCUCAUCACUGGAAGCACACGAGGCAUUGGUCUCGCCUUGGCUACGCUUUACACCAAGGCUGGCUGGAACGUCAUCGGCACGGCUCGUGCUACCAGCAACGCUGACAAGCUCGCAGCCUUGUCACCGUUCAAGAUCGUCACGUUGGACACGAGCGAUGAGGACUCGGUAAACGAGGCGCCCCGUCAGCUGAAGGACGUCCCGAUCGACCUGCUCAUCAACAACGCGGGCACUGGGUGGCUCACGGAGAUCGUGGCACCCACGAAGGCGUCGCUGGUGAAACCCUUCGAGGUGAACGCGGUGGGUCUGUUCCUCGUCACGAAUGCACUGCAGUCCAACCUGCAGCUCGCGGCGAAGUUGAAUGGAUUCGCGUCCGUGGUGCAGCUCUCGUCACUUCUGGGCAGCCUCAGCAGCAACACGGACAAGAACACCGUCUUCUUCCGCGGCCAGUACGCCUACAGCACGUCCAAGGCGGCUCUCAACAUGAUCACGCGCUCGUUGGCUGUGGACCUGCGCGACAGCAACAUCGCGGUCGUGGCGGUUCACCCCGGAUACGUCGACACGGUGCUCACGGGCCCAAGGUCCAUUGAAAUCCGCGGACACACGGGCAAGUUCCUCAACGCAGACCCCACGAUGCCCGGCGCAGAGCUCCCGUGGUAA